AUUAAUCAAGUUUAUUUUUUAGACAUUUUUAUAUUUGUUUUUGUUUUACAAUUUUUGUUUUAUUUUAAAGAAAGUAUAUUAAAUACUUUAGUGAAAAAAUUUCUUAAUAGGUUAGUAGGAGUAUUUAGAUAUACAAAUACUUUACCAUUAAGGUCAGUAAUUUCUAUUUUUACUUUUAUUGUUCUUUUAACUUGUUGUUUUGGAGGUUAUUUUACUUACUCUUUUUGUCCUUGUGGAAUGGUUGAAUUUACUUUUGUUUAUGCUGCUGUAGCGUGAUUAAGUACUUUGUUAACUUUUAUUUCAAGAGAAAAAUUUUCAGUUUAUAUAAGAAAACCAGGAGACACAUAUUUGAAAACUCUUAGAAUGCUAUUAAUUGAAAUCGUUAGAGAAUUUUCUCGUCCACUUGCUUUAACAGUGCGUUUAACAGUUAAUAUUACUGUUGGUCAUUUAGUUAGAAUAAUGCUUUAUCAAGGAUUAGAAUUAAGAAUAGGUGAUCAGUAUAUUUGAUUAUCAAUUUUAGCCAUUAUAAUAGAAUGUUUUGUUUUCUUCAUUCAAAGUUAUAUUUUCUCUCGUUUAAUUUUUUUAUAUCUUAAUGAGUAA